AUGGCGAGCUACGACUACGACAUGCUGAGGGUGGCCAACAAUUCUCGCAUUGCAACCAUGGAGAGCUACGACAUCGUCACUCAAAUGAUCCACUUGGAGUCUGCGCAGUCGAAGAAGUCAAGCCUCCUGCCUGCGGUGGGUUAUUCGGUCAGAUACGUCACCGUCGCGGGGAUCAUUGCGGGGCUUAGCGCAGUGGUGCUUGGUGCGAUUGGUUUCGUGGGGCAAAUGGCCAAGUCUCCCACCAGGAUUUGUGUCUAUUCACUCGGCUCCCUGGUGUUGCUGAUCGUGGCCAUUUGGCGCUUGAUCUACGCCUUCACAUCCGUGCCGUUAUUGGACGCUGCGGUGGACCAGCAGAUCACCGAGUGGUGCCUCCCCGAGAACAGGAAGUUGUACUAUUCCAAGUUGGAAUGUCCUGUGAGGCGGAAGUACAUCGUCUUGCCCAAAGACAGUCCCGAAUGUGGGCCGGAGUGCGAAGAGAAACUGCAGCUGUUGCAAGACAUGGGCGGCUGCCGCUUCCUGAACAGGAUUUGCGAGGAUCACAGCUUUGACUUCGUGGGGAAGGGCCGCUGUCUGGCCGAAGAGGCCGAUGGGCGACUGGUGCCAGCACCCUAUCGAAAAGGCAGUGUUGAAACCACGGACACCUGCUGUCGCUUAGAGUGCAAUUUGAUGUCCAUUUGCAAGGGGUGCUCUUGCCGGGAUAGGUUCUGUUCAUUCUGUUCGAGUUCGUUGGAUUCACAGGUAAAGUGA